UCGCAUUGAGGUAUUGUGGGUCAUUUUAAAGUAAAGACUCGGGUAUUUCCUGUAGUCACGCUGGAGCAAGACUCACACUCUUUUAUUAUCGAUCACAAUUAUCUGCUAAGGCCGCAUUUGUUGUAAGUUUGCACGCUGGGAUGUUUAUCACAAAAGUUUGGCUGUUAAAGCAGACGCGAUGACCCAGAGGUUCUUAUUUAAGGCUUCUCUACUUUACAAAGACAUUUGCCCUGAACAGUCGCGCUUUCUUAUGCAAAGGCAUCAGAGCAUUGCGGCUACCCUGCCGGUGUCUAUGAUCUGCCCCUUCUGUUUCCAGUGGCGACAACUGGGCAAUCAUCACAUGCGUCUACGGCCCAAGCGGAAGCCCACGGCGAGGAUUAGGAGACUUCUGAAGAGGGAGUCGGCAGGAAAGAGGCUGAGCGCAGAACAGACUGUAGUCCUUCAAAAGUUUAAUAGGGCCUCCAAUGCUCUGAUGGCAACGUGUCACACCUGUAAUAAGAUGUCCAGACAACCUGGAAUGAAUCGUGAGCUUUUGUCUACAUUGUCAAAGAACCGAAGUACCCCAGGAAGUGCGGGCAAACAAAGAACUCCACAGUCGGCCAGCAGGUCUACUCCGAAAUCUGUAGUAGACAGAACACCAAGUGGCACACCAAGGUCAGUAUCUUCAAACACCAGCUCAUCAUCAUCAAAGUCUGGCAGUGCGAAGCCGUCGCCUUUCGCCCGCCUCAAGAAGAUCCUUAUGCUGGAAAACAAACAGCAGAGCAAGAAAGGUGGCCUGAAGGACUUCCUCUCAUCUCUCUGAAGACCUCAGGGUCAUUAAAAUGAAAGACUCUGGCCCACUUUGAGUGGAGCUGCUGAAAUUUAGAGCAUGAAGCUUGAUGAGGAUGACGAUCACUUCUCCUUGUGUAUUACAAUGCCAUCUAGUGGAGGAGUCUUUAGCGUGGAUUAUAUUGAAGGACAGGGUUAUAUUGAACAGAAGGUCUCCUUUCCUUCUAUCAAGUGUCUGUUUCUGAAUCCUUGUGGAUGAGUGGGGAAAAAAUGUCCUUUUGUAACUUGUGCUACAGAACCAUGCUGUGACAUUUUAUAGUUUUUUUCAUUUGCCAUUUAUUUUCAUGUUCCCACAUAUUGUUCAUUUUUGUACAAGAAAAACAACUUUUAUAUGUUGUGUUUUUAAUGUUAAUUUUGUACACUUUGAAUUCACACAUUUGUGUC